CCCCUCGGCUCGGCUGGGCUCUCUGGCGGUGCGCGCCGUCCAGGAUGAGCCCGCGCUACUUCCUGCGCUCGCUGCUGCUCCUCAUCCUGGCCGCCUUCUCGGCCAACGCCAGCAACUGGCUGUAUUUAGCAAAGCUUUCUUCGGUGGGGAGCAUCUCGGAGGAGGAGACGUGCGAAAAGCUGAAAGGACUGAUCCAGCGCCAAGUGCAGAUGUGCAAGAGGAACUUAGAGGUCAUGGAUUCGGUGCGGCGGGGAGCCCAGCUGGCCAUAGAGGAGUGCCAGUUUCAGUUUCGCAACCGCCGCUGGAAUUGCUCGACGUUAGACAGCCUGCCUGUGUUUGGCAAGGUGGUCACGCAAGGGACACGAGAGGCAGCCUUUGUGUAUGCCAUCUCUUCCGCUGGUGUCGCCUUUGCCGUGACAAGGGCGUGCAGCAGUGGUGAGCUCGAGAAAUGCGGGUGCGAUCGCACAGUGCAUGGGGUCAGUCCUCAGGGCUUCCAGUGGUCCGGCUGUUCUGACAACAUCGCCUACGGAGUGGCCUUCUCGCAGUCUUUUGUUGACAUUCGGGAAAGAAGUAAAGGUGCUUCCUCGAGCAGGGCGCUCAUGAAUCUUCAUAACAAUGAAGCUGGAAGGAAGGCUAUCCUCAACAACAUGCGAGUGGAAUGCAAGUGCCACGGGGUAUCGGGGUCAUGUGAGGUGAAGACCUGCUGGAAAGCCAUGCCCCCCUUCCGCAAAGUGGGCAACGUGCUGAAGGAGAAAUUCGACGGGGCCACCGAAGUCGAGCAGCGGAAAAUCGGCUCCACCAAAGUGCUGGUGCCCAAAAAUUCUCAGUUCAAGCCCCACACGGAUGAGGACCUGGUCUAUCUGGACUCCAGCCCGGACUUCUGUGACCAUGACUUAAAGAACGGUGUCCUGGGCACCAGCGGGAGGCACUGCAACAAGACCUCCAAAGCCAUCGACGGCUGCGAGCUGAUGUGCUGCGGCCGGGGCUUCCACACGGACGAGGUGGAGGUGGUGGAGAGGUGUAGCUGCAAAUUCCACUGGUGCUGCUUUGUGAAGUGUAAACAGUGCCAUCGCCUGGUGGAAAUGCACACCUGUCGAUGACGUGGGGAGACAAGAGCCACCUUCGGGCCCGGAGCUGGAGGAGGCAGGACGCCCAGAGACCAAGUGCAGAGAGAGGCCUUUGGCUGACACACGCAGGUGGGGGGGGCACUGAGAAAUUGGGAGGGGGGCACUUUUUUCUAUCACCCAAAGGAAUAUAUUUAAAAGUUCCAAUAGC